AUGGAAUUAUACAGAAUUAAAAUUUUAAUUACAGGUGGAAAAAGUGAAAAAGAUCACAAGCUGCAACAAUUGGUAGAUGAAAAGCGAAAGAAAGAGUAUAAAGCUGCUGUCAAAAUCCAGAGCUGGUUUCGAGGAUGCAGAGUCCGAGCCUAUAUCAGAUAUUUGAACAAAGUGAUAGUUGUUAUACAGAAGUGGUGGAGAGGUUAUCAAGGAAGAAGAUACUUCAGAAAAAUGGUCGAGACAGCAUAUUUUAUUAUGAAGAUGAAUUUCUACAAUGAAAUGGCUGUCAGGAUUCAGAAAAGAUGGCGAGGCUAUUAUGCUCGAAAAUAUACCCAUAACUAUUAUGCCCUGAAGAAAUACCUGGAAGCCGUUUCUGUGAAUAAUGAGAUUGUCAGGAAAGAACUGAACGAGUAUGCAGAAAUGAGAGAGAAAGAAAAGAAAAGGAAAGAACUAGAAAAGAAAGAGAAGGAAAAGGAUCACCAAGCCCGAAAGAUGCAUUACCUCCUUAGCACUGAGCAGAUUGCAGGUGUGUACAACUCCCCGUUCAGAACAUCUCCGGAUCCGAUGGAGCUCCUGUUACGGAAGUCAAAGCCGUUGAGCCACAGGAAGCAGCCAGCAAAGAGUCCCCUCCCAGGGGCGCUCUGUGACCUGUCCCACAGUGCAGGGUCUCUGACCUUCCCCGCCGCAGAGCCUCUGCCACCUAUUGGCACCCAGAAACCUCAGGGGCCUUUCCGUGAUCCCGCUGAAGUUCUGCGGCAGCGCUACAAGCCUUUGGAACCAACCUUGCGAGUGGCAACGUCAAUCAAUUCACUAGAGAAGGCCAGAGAGGAAAUCAAGAGAGAGGAAUGGAGAAACCGUAUACAUGACAAUGAAUUUUUGCCAUUUUCUUCAUAUCAUAAAAAUGAGAAGUAUGACCCAUCAAUUCUUAGGUCAGAUAACUAUGGCGAAGAAACUUAUGGAAUUAAACAUUUCCGAGAAGUACAGCCUAAAAAGUGGAUAACAGACAAGGACUUUCAAACAGUGUUACCAUCGAUCGUUCUUUUUGAAAAGUUUGGAAAAACUUAUUCCAGAGCUGGGCAAAUAGUUUAA